GGUGACUUUGUUGACUUAGCUCUGAAACUUCUCUGUCCAGUAGAGCCUGACGGCGCGAGUGUGAAAGGCUAGAGAGAGCGAGAAAGAAGAAAGGAAGAAGAAAAGCGUGCUGCCGCUCAUGUCGCUCCUAGUGGAGAGCGCGAGCUCGCGAAGGGCUAUUGUACGGGGCUUCGCGUCGUCGUCAUCAUCGUUAUCAUCAUCAUCAUCAUUGUCGCGGACACACGAAACUGCUGGGUUGCGGAGAAUUGGCGUUUUAUCGUUGUCGUCGCCCUUGGCAUCUCUUGCUCCGAGGAGACAGCUGAAGAAGCGAUGUUUCAGCGCCCAAUCGAGUCGAAGAGAGCAGCAGCGACAAGAUGCCGCCUCACGGCAAAGACCCCAACAAGCUCCCGUCAUCGACAGAGCGGCGUCCAAAGUCUUCAAGAGCGCCGACGAUGCCAUCGCCGACAUCCCGGACGGGUCCACCAUCCUGAGUGCAGGCUUUGGGCUCUGUGGCGUUGCAGAAACCCUCAUCGACGCUAUUAAGAAAAAAGGCACCCGCGAUCUGACCGUCGUCUCCAACAACGCGGGAGCGGGCGAGUAUGGGCUCGCGAAGCUGACCUCGACGGGCCAGAUCUCGCGCAUGAUCGUGUCCUUCAUCGGCAACAACAAGUCGCUCGGCCAGCAGUACCACGACGGCCAGGUGGCGAUCGAGCUCUGUCCCCAGGGCACGAUCGCCGAGCGCCUGCGCGCCGCGGGGGCGGGCAUCCCAGCCUUCUUCACCGCGACGGGGGCGCGCACGCUGAUCGAGACGGGCGGCAUCCCGCACCGGCUGGGGCCCAAGGACCCGCAGACGGGCAAGCACGGCGUCGUGGAGCCCGGGCGGGCGCGCGAGACGCGCCUCUUCGACGGCCGGACGUACAUGAUGGAGACGGCGCUGCGCGGGGACGUGGCCAUCGUGCGGGCCUGGAAGGCCGACGAGGCCGGCAACUGCGUCUUCCGCACGACCACCAAGGCGUACGGCGUGCUGAUGCCCAAGGCCGCCCGCCUGGCCAUCGUCGAGGCCGAGCACAUCGUCCCCGUCGGCGCCCUCGACCCGGACCACAUCGACCUGCCGGGCAUCUACAUCGACCGCAUCUGUCCCGCCACGUCGCCCAAGCACAUCGAGAAGCUCGUCCUCGCGUCCACCACGCAGCAGACCACCACCGCCGAGCAGAGCCCCGAGGCCGUCAAGCGCAACCGCAUCGCCCGCCGCGCGGCCAAGGAGCUCCACGACGGCUACUACGUCAACCUGGGCGUGGGGAUCCCGACGCUGGCCCCAUCCUUCCUGCCGGCAUCGACCAAGGUGUGGCUGCAGUCGGAGAACGGCAUCAUCGGGAUGGGCCCGUACCCGGCGACGCGCGAGGCCGCGGACGCCGACACGGUCAACGCGGGCAAGGAGGCGGUGACGCUGGUGCCCGGGGCGUCGACGUUCGACUCGGCCGAGUCCUUCGGCAUGAUCCGCGGCGGGCACGUCGACGUCUCCAUCCUCGGCGCCCUCCAGGUCUCGGCCACCGGCGACCUGGCCAACUACAUCAUCCCGGGCAAGGCCUUCAACGGCAUGGGCGGCGCCAUGGACCUGGUCAGCAACCCAGACCAGACCCGGAUCAUCGUCUGCACCUACCACACCGACCGGGACGGCCGGAGCAAGAUCGUCGACGUCUGCGACCUGCCCCUGACCGGCAAGGGCGUCGUCAGCAUGAUCAUCACCGAGCUGGCCGUCUUCGAGGUCGACAGGGUCGGCGGCAAGGGCUUGCUCCUGAAGGAGACCGCCGAGGGCGUCACCGUCGAUAUGGUCAGGGACAAGACCAGUGCGAAGUUCACCGUGGCCGAGGACUUGGGCACAAUGGAAUGAGCAGGAGGGACAGAUAGAUAUAUACACUUUAUAUAUACCCCGACCCGUGCUUCGUCCAUUACCAUUUUCGUUCAAGCAACAGAGCGAAGCCGCUUUAAUUAGGGCACGUAACGGAGCAUCGGGUUCGCCCGGCCGACCACGGGAGAGCGUCGAGGGAGCCACGGCAGAGUACGGGGGAGUGCCGGGGGAGCAU